UUCCAAAUUUCUUCCUCUAUCACUUUCUCUCUCCUCCACCCUUUGAACUUUCCAUCAUUCUCCCUCAUUCUCCAUUUUUAUCACUAUUAUUAAACUUCAUCAUCUUCAUCAAAUACCUUCUGCAACAUCAGAUCUACCAAAUUCCCACUGCUCAUCAUCUCCAUUGAAGCGCAGAAGAAGCAAAAAUGUCGACCGACAGCGAAGAUCUCGACGAAGAUGAGCUCCUUCAGAUGGCAUUGAAGGAGCAAGCUGAGAGAGACGUCAAUUACCAAAAACCGCCCUCGAAAUCGUCCAAACCGGUGGCUAAUUACGUCCAACCUCCGCCGAACAAGGGUUCUCCGGCGUCGGGGAGUAAAAACCCUAACCCUAGGCAAAGGAAUCAUACCAAGUCUAUUGAUGAAGAUGAUGAUUCUGAGGUUGAGAUGUUGAGUAUUUCUUCUGGUGAUGAGGAGUCUUCGAGAGCUUCUACUUAUGGUGGUGGUGGCGGGGGUGGUGCUGGUGCUAAGGGGCGAAGUAGAACGAAAGCUUCGAAGGAUGAUGGUGAUAGUCUGUGGGCUGGUGGUGAGCCUGACAGUUGGAAGCGUGUGGACGAGUCUGAGCUUGCUCGUAGAGUUCGAGAGAUGCGCGAGGCUAGAGCAGUCCCAGUACCAGUGGUUCCGAAAAUUGAGCGCAAACCUUCAGCAUUGGGUAAAAAGGGGCUGGCUAAUUUACAGUCGUUUCCACGAGGCAUGGAGUGUAUUGAUCCACUAGGAUUGGGGAUAAUAGACAACAGAACAUUGAAGCUUAUCACAGAUACCUCCGACAGCUCUCCCUCCAAAGAAAGAGAUAAUAUUGAGAAUGAUCUCCGUGAGAAAUUGGCGUAUUUUUCUGAGAAGUUCGAUCCAAAGUUGUUCCUUUCUCGGAUUCAUCAAGAUACAAGUGCGGCAGAUCUGGAUGCUGGUGCUCAUGCUAUAAAAACAGACCUUAAAGGUCGCACUCAGCAGAGGAAAAAUUUGGUGAAGGAAAAUUUUGAUUGUUUUGUCUCAUGCAAGACAACCAUUGAUGAUAUUGAAUCAAAGUUGAAACGAAUUGAAGAAGAUCCAGAGGGUGCUGGGACUAUGCACCUUUAUAAUAUCAUUCAGGGAGUGAGUUCACAUGCUACCCGUGCUUUUGAGCCCCUGUUUGAGAGACAGGCUCAAGCAGAGAAGAUCAGGUCUGUUCAAGGAAUGCUUCAGAGGUUUCGUACACUUUUCAACUUGCCUAGCACAAUUCGUGCUAGUAUCAGCAAUGGUGAACAUGAUUUGGCGGUUAGGGAAUAUAAGAAGGCAAAGUCAAUUGCGCUACCAUCUCAUAUUGGAAUAUUGAAACGUGUACUCGAAGAGGUCGAAAAAGUUAUGCAUGAGUUCAAGGGAACACUUUACAAAACUAUGGAAGAUCCACAGAUAGAUUUAACUGAUCUUGAAAACACUGUGAGGCUGCUACUGGAGCUAGAGCCUGAGUCAGAUCCUGUGUGGCAUUAUCUGAACUUGCAGAACCAAAGAAUCAGAGGCUUGCUUGAAAAGUGCACUUAUGAUUAUGAGGCAAGGCUUGAAGCAUUGCAAAAUGAUAUACGUGAACGAGCUGUCUCUGAUGCCAAGUGGAAACAAAUACUGCAGGGAUCUAGUCAAUCUCCAGACACAAAUUGUAACGUUGACCUUGCCGGAGAAACUCAGUCACUGGAGUUGACUGGGGAAGAAGUUGAUGCUUUGAAAAAAAAGUACAUCCAGAAGCUAACAUCUGUUCUCAUUCAUUACUUACCGGCCUUCUGGAAAAUAGCACUCUCAGUUUUUAGUGGAAAAUUUGCCAAGUCUUCCCACGUUGCUGCUGAUUCCUAUACAUCUACGUCAAAUAAAAUUGACGAAAAAAUUGGUGAUGCAAAGUACUCCAGUCAUUCACUUGAUGAAGUUUCAGGAAUGAUGCGUAGUACAAUUUCUCUCUAUGAAGAUAAGGUGCUCAACACAUUUGGUGAAUUUGAAGAAUCAAAUAUUCUUCAUCCAUAUAUGUGUGACUCCAUUAAAGAAGUAUCUAAAGCUUGUCAGGCUUUAGAAGUAAAAGAAUCAGCCCCUACUAUCAUCGUUAUGGCGCUGAGAGCAGUUCAUACUGAAGUUUCAAAGACUUAUAUAAUGAGGCUUUGUUCGUGGAUGAGAACUACUAUUGAAGAAUUAUCAAGAGAUGAAACUUGGGUUGCGGUAUCAAUAAUUGAAAGAAAUAAAUCCCCGUACAGGAUCUCUUACUUGCCUCUAGCAUUCCGGUCAAUUAUAAUAUCAGCAUUAGAUCAAGUCAGCCAGAUGCUUCAGACAUUAAAGAGCGAGGCAGCAAAGACAGAGGAUGUCUUUAUUCCUUUUCAAGAAAUUCAAGAAUCUGUCAGAUUGUCUGCUUUGAAUUGCUUCCUGGAUUUUGCUGGGCAUCUUGAACGUAUUGGAACUGAGUUGACGCAGACGCAGAGCAGAUCAAAGAGGGAGAGUCCAUAUAUACCAAAUGGCCAUUCUUAUGAAUUCUCAGAAAGGUCUUUGGAUCUUCUGCCUGGAAGCGUUGUUGAUCCGCAUCAACAGUUGCUGAUGGUCUUGAGCAAUGUUGGAUAUUGCAAAGAUGAACUUUGUUAUGAACUGUACAAUAAAUAUAAACAUAUUUGGUCCCACUCUCGGGAGAGAGAUGAAGAUGACUCUGAUAAAGUUGAUUUGGUGAUGGCGUUCUCUGCUCUUGAAGAUAAAGUUCUUGAACAGUACACUUUUGCCAAGGCAAACUUGAUUAGGGCCGCUGCAAUGAGCUACUUAUUAGAUCCUGGAGUUCAAUGGGGUGCAGCUCCUUCAGUCAAAGGUGUACGUGAUGCUGCUGUAGAGUUGUUACAUACCCUGGUAGCUGUGCAUGCAGAGGUCUUUGCUGGUGCUAAGCCCCUUCUUGACAAGACACUUGGUGUUCUUGUUGAAGGUUUGAUUGAUACUCUUUUGAGUAUCUUCCACGAAAAUGAAAGCAAAGAAUUCAAGUCACUGGAUGCAAAUGGUUUCUGUCAGCUUAUGCUUGAGCUUGAGUAUUUUGAGACUGUACUAAAUCCCUACUUCACAAAUGAUGCGAGGGAAUCUUUAAAAUCACUGCAAGGGAUGCUGCUGGAAAAGGCUACUGAAAGCGUGACUGAGGUUGUUGAGAAUCCUGGACAUCACCGCAGACCAACACGAGGGGGGGAUGAUGGUCUUGUAGAUGAGAGACAGCAGGCACUUAGUGUAUCACCAGAUGACCUCAUAGCGCUUGCACAGCAGUGUAGCUCAGAGCUUCUUGAGGCAGAGCUCGAGAGAACGCGUAUAAACACGGCAUGCUUUGCAGAAUCUCUUCCACUGGAUUCUGUACCAGAGUCGGCAAAAUCUGCAUAUGCUUCUUUCAGGGGGUCACCACUGGAUUCUCCAAGCCAGAAUUACGGAGGAGUGCAAGUAGCUAGUACCCCUCCUAGCUUCUCCAAACAUCGGCGUAGAUGAGUUUCUGUCUAUUCUGUUUCUCCAAUUUUUGCACAGUUUUGCUGUCAUUGUUUUGUGUAAUUGUUGUAUCUAAGCAAAUGUAGUAGAAAGAAAGCAAUGUUACAAUUACAAUAUAAAUGUGCUAAUAAUAAAAUCCCCAUUUUAUCAUUCUUUUAAA